GGUAUAGGAUUGUCUACUGGGUUCAUUUUUGUUUACUCCGCGUGCGAUUUUCAUGGGGAUUUUUCCAUUUCCUGGAAAAAGAGUCCCAAAAUGACACUGUUUAACGUGAUUGUGGGUACUUACGAGGAGUUCCUUCUUGGAUUCACCCUUCAGUCUACAGAAUCCGACAGACUUUCCGGGAAACUGGUAAAGAUUUUUGCAUCCCAUUCCCACGCUGCUUCUAUCCGUUGUGUGUCCGGAUGGGGUGAAUUGGUGGCUAGCGGUGGAGCAGAUGACAAAAUCUUCGUGUAUAGCCUGAAAACAAGGCAGGAAAUUGCCAUUCUCACCGUUCAAUCUGCAACUGUGAAUACUCUUGAGUUUGCACCGGAUGGGACUCACCUGUUUGCUGGAUGCGCAGAUGGAUCAAUGCUAGCGUAUUCCUGUAGUACGUGGGAAAUUGUGAGAGAGUGGAAAGAUGCCCAUAAAGGUGCUUCUGUCAAUCAGAUCCGAAUUCAUCCGUCCGGGAAGCUUGCCCUGACCUUGGGCGGAGAUUUGACUCUACGGACGUGGAAUUUGCUCAAAGGACGUCAAGCUUAUGCCACGAACCUCAAGUCAAAGCAGGAAUUGGGCAGAGUAGUGGAUUGUGUUGAAUGGUGUCCAGAUGGAACGCAUUUUUCCCUUUCCGGAAGCAGAGUUGUCCAGAUUUGGAGUUCAGGGGACGCUUCUGUUAAAAAAACAAUAAACUGCGAUUCCCGUCCUACUUGUUUAACUUGGGUUACUAACGAAAUUCUGGCAAUUGGCUUGGAAAAUGGAAAAAUCAUCCUGCACAACAGUUCUGGGAAAUGUCCGGAAAAAUCUACUGAAGCCCAUGAGAAACGCGUAAAAGCCAUUUCAUGCAGUAAUCCAGAAUUCCUUACAUCUGUGGGCAGUUCCGGGGACGUGACUGUUUGGUUCAUUAACAAAGAAAAUCUGGGAUUGAAGAAGAUAGCCACGACGAAUAUUGGAUGUCGUCCGACGUGCGUUUUCAACACCGUCAAUGACGAAUUUCCCGCUGUAAAACAGGAAAAAGCUUUUAAGCUGAGGAAGGAGAUUAAACAGGACGACUCUGUUCAGGAAGUGAUCACAGUGGAACAGGAGGAGAAUGUUUCAGAAGAAGUUCCACAGACGCCAAAUGUUAAACAAAAGAAACGGAAAUCUGGAGCUUUUCAGCCUCCUGCAGCCUCAAGUGCAAAGAAAAUCAAGAAAAGGCGCUCCUUGAAUCCAUUUCCUUCCUUCACGGUCACUGAUUUGGAUCCGGAGGAGCUGAAUCAAUCCCUGGGGGCAGUUGAAGGCAAGAAAAAGAAGAAGAAAGACAGAGGGAAAACUGUUCUGAACAGGACAAUAAAUUGAAGAAAUAAACAGUA